AUGGAAGAUGGUCCGUCUUCGACAAGCUGUUUCAGAAGGUUAACGGACUGCUUCCUGGGUGCAAGUUUGACAGAUGAGAAAGUGAAGGCCUACCUCUCUCUGCAUCCGCAGAUGCUGGAUGACUUUGUGCUGGAGAGUGUGAGCACUGAGACGUUGGACAGAUGGCUGAAAAGGAAGACCAGCAGCAGGCCUGCAGAUGAUACGUCAUCUAAAGAAGUCAGCAGGUACCAGGACACGAACAUGCAGGGUGUGGUGUAUGAACUCAAUAGCUACAUAGAGCAGCGCCUGGACACUGGAGGAGACAACAAGCUGCUGAUCUAUGAACUCUGCAACAUCAUUAAAACAGCAACAAAAGCUGACGGAUUUGCACUUUACUUUUUGGGAGAAUGCAACAAUAGUUUAUCUUUGUUCACCCCAACGAGGACCAAGGAUGGUCGCCCAAGCCUCCUCCCCUCUGGCCCCAUUGCAUUUGGGACGACCAUUGCAGCUCACGUUGCCAAGACUCGCAAAACACUUUUAGUGGAGGACAUCAUGGGGGACGAGCGCUUCCCAGAUGGCACAGGGCAUGACUCAGGGAUCCGUGUUCAUUCUGUCUUGUGCCUCCCCAUCCUCACUGCCAUCGGGGACCUCCUCGCUAUCCUGGAGCUGCAUCGGCACUGGGGAAAAGAGCCCUUCAACCUCAGCCACCAGGAGGUUGCAACAGCAAACUUAGCGUGGGCAUCAGUUGCCAUUCAUCAAGUACAGGUGUGCCGAGGCCUCGCAAAACAGACUGAGCUCAAUGACUUCCUACUAGAUGUGUCAAAGACGUACUUUGAUAAUAUUGUGGCAAUAGAUUCUCUACUUGAACACAUAAUGAUAUAUGCAAAAAACCUGGUGAAUGCCGACAGGUGUGCACUCUUCCAGGUAGAUCAAAACAACAAAGAACUGUAUUCUGACCUGUUCGAUAUUGGUGAGGAGAAAGAAGGCAAGCCAGUCUUUAGGAAAACCAAAGAAAUUAGGUUUUCUAUAGAGAAAGGAAUAGCUGGACAAGUGGCUCGGACAGGAGAAGUCUUAAACAUCCCAGAUGCCUAUGCAGACCCGCGGUUUAACCGAGAGGUGGACCUCAAAACUGGUUACACCACACGGAAUAUCCUGUGCAUGCCCAUCGUGAGCAGGGGGACUGUUAUUGGAGUGGUGCAGAUGGUGAAUAAGUUAAGCGGUAGUGCCUUCACUAAAACAGACGAGAACAACUUCAAGAUGUUUGCUGUCUUCUGUGCCCUGGCCUUACACUGUGCAAAUAUGUAUCAUCGAAUUCGCCACUCUGAAUGCAUUUACAGAGUGACAAUGGAAAAACUGUCAUACCACAGUAUCUGCACCUCAGAAGAAUGGAAAACACUCACUCAGCUCAAUCUUCCCACUCUCAUUUAUAAAGAGAUUGAAAUGUUUCAUUUUGACAUAAGUCCGUUUGAAGAGAUCUGGCCUGCAGUUUUCAUCUACAUGGUUCACAGCUCCUGUGGAAAGAGCAGCUUUGAGCUGGAAAAGCUGUGUCGAUUCACCAUGUCCGUACGCAAAAACUACCGGCGUGUGCCCUACCACAACUGGAAGCAUGCUGUGACUGUGGCACACUGUAUGUUCGCCAUCCUACAAAAGACCCCUGGGACCUUCACAGAGUUAGAGAAGAAGGGUCUCUUGAUAGCCUGCCUGUGUCACGAUCUGGACCAUCGAGGGUACAGCAACACUUAUCUUCAGAAGUUUGACCACCCGCUUGCUGCUCUCUAUUCCACCUCCACGAUGGAGCAGCACCACUUUUCUCAGACUGUCUCCAUUUUGCAGCUGGAAGGGCACAAUAUUUUCUCCAACCUGAAUUCCAGCGAGUACGAGCAGGUGCUAGAAAUCAUCCGAAAGGCCAUCAUUGCCACUGACCUGGCCCUUUACUUCAAUAACCACCAGCAACUGUCAGAGCUUCUCACUACAGGUGUACUAGAUUUAAACAACCACUCACACAGGGACCGUGUGAUUGGCCUGAUGAUGACAGCAUGUGACCUGUGUUCCGUGACCAAGCAAUGGCCAAUCACACGACUUAUUGCCAACGACAUAUAUGCUGAGUUCUGGGCCGAGGGAGAUGAGAUGAAGAAGAUCGGGAUACAGCCCAUCUCAAUGAUGGACCGGGACAAAAAGGAUGAAGUUCCUCAAGGCCAAGUGGGAUUCUACAAUGCUGUAGCAGUUCCAUGUUAUACAACACUAGCAGAUCUUUUCCCUCCAUCCAUUCCACUUCUCAGAGCGUGCAAGGAGAACUUGAACCAGUGGGAGAAGAUAGCCCACGGCGAGGUGGAGGACAUCGUUCCGAGCCGACCUUCUGAUUCAGGUCCUGUCAAGGUGGACAACUGA